UGGACUACCGGGGAACUAGACUGGACAAAACUGCAAACUUUAGUUGCACAGCACCAGCAUAGUCUCUAGCUGUGGACAUUGAACGUUUGGAAUAGCUUAUCUCCAAAAAAAAUAACCUAAAAAUGAACCGUGUGGCAGAUUGGCUCCUACUGAACAAGGAUAAGAUCGAGAAAGGUGCAGACCUUCUGGGCCAAGCGUCUGAAGCGCUUGCAGGCAGUGUAGGCAAGCUUCACCCCGUCUUGGAGACUGUGUUUGUGACCUUUGCAAAGAUACUCAAAACUCCGAAGGGGGGCGAAGCUGGCCACUUGGCAGACACGUUUGAGGUGGUCACACAGACACUCGUUGGAUUCCAGAAUGAUAUGGAUCAAAUUUAUCGGGAGCAACAGAGGACGGCAAUGAACAAGAGGAACUUUGGGAAAGAGAACCAGAUCCUCAACCAGUAUGAAAGGUUAGAAGACUAUGCGAACGCGAGGCCUCAGGACAAACAGAGGAAGAAGGAGAAGUUCCUCAACUAUUACAUGGAGAAAGGUGGUGAUUUGAACGUGAAUGCCCUCUACAGCGAUGUCAUCACAGACAACCUGCUGGAAAAAAUAGCCACCAUAGAGCAGAAAAACUCAAGGGCAGUGAAGUAUUUCUAUGCUCGGUUGAUUAACCUGUUUGCAAAGGGCAUUUCUACUGUGCUUAGCCACGCUGCUCUCACACAAAGCAAUGAUAGAGAGGCGCUGGCAAUGCAAUGGCGGGAACGAAUGGUAGAUAUGGAAAAUCAAAUGAAAACUGUCUUGGAUGACUGUACAGAAAAUGUUACUGAUUAAGCCAAACUGGACAAGGCGCACAGGCUGCAGGAGAAACCCGGCAGUGUUGACCUCGACUUCAACAGAUUGCAUUUGGAUUGACAUCUGCAUGAUGGGAUGAAUAGGUCCAGAAGAAACAUGCUGCAAAUUCUAGACAUGUUUCAGUGCAAUAUAGGGAGCAUUCAUCCAUGUCAACUAUGCUUAUAAUCCAAUCCAAAAAAGUAAUCAAGUAACUCCUUAAUUUCUAC